AAACCACCAUAACUCUCUGCUUGACACAUUUCCUUUCUCUCUCUAAAAAUGGGAUGCUGUGGUGAAGAAGAGGAAGACAUCCUCCAACCACUCCAACAACAACAAACCCCAACCCGACACUCCUCAUCCUCUUCCAUGGCGUCGUCAAUUACCGGCGAUGACUCAUAUACCACCAUAUCUCCGAUGAAUUCCAAUUUUGCGGCUUUAAUUUGUAAAGAUAUCCUGCGUACGAUCUUCGAAAAGCUUCCGGUGGUAGAUCUAGCACGGUCGGCGUGUGUAUGCAGGUUGUGGAGUUCAGUAGCUUCUGAUCGAGAGAUUCAGGUUAGGGCUUUCAAGGCGCCGUGGAAACUGAAGGGCGUGAUCGGGAAUCCUAGCUCCGGUAGCUUCUGGAGAGAUAAUAGACUUAGCCGUUUCGCUAUUUCACAUCGGUUGGUUCGCAGUGACACUGUUGCUAGCCUCGCUGUCAAGUACUCCGUUCAGGUUAUGGACAUUAAACGCUUGAACAACAUGAUGAGCGACCACGGGAUACACUCAAGGGACAGAUUGUUGAUCCCUGUAAGCUCGCCAAGCCUUCUCAUCAAUGGCACAUGCUAUAUAGAAUUGGAUGCUCAUGCUAAGAGGGAAGUGGCAGUUUUGUAUCUGGAAGGUAAACCUGAGAGAAGGGUGACUGGUGUGUUGAAUAACGUGACCUCUGAGCAAGGAAAAAGAAGGAUAAUCGACUCAUUGAGGAGAAGCAUGCAGGUUGAUGAUGGUACUGCCCAGUACUACUUGUCUUUAUCAAAUGGUGAUCCCAGAGGUGCGGUCAUGGAGUUUUCUGAAGAUCUUAGGUGGGAGAGGGAGGUUCGUUUUGCCUAAUUUGGUCAUACAAUUGAAGGCUAAAUGCAAGAAAUAGCAAGAAAAUGGGUUGUGAUUUCUUUCAAGUGGAAACACUGGGAGUGGGACUAAAGCCAGCUGAUUAUAUGCAUCAGUUUAUGUGUGUUUAAAUGUAAAUUCUGUGAUGAUAUUAUAUUUUAUAUACUAGUAGUAAGUUUCCUGAUUCGCUACUAGAUGUAUUGGUUUAUGUUCACUUAGUAAUUGUAAAGCUAUAUUGUAUUAUGUUAAUCCUACAUAAUUUAAACUA